AUGGCAUGGCGCUCGCUGGUGCUGCUCCCCUUCCUCCUGGCAGCAGUUUCAGGCAACACAGCCCCCUUUUUCAACAUGACCGUCGUCUAUGUGCCUGAGGAUCUCGAUUUGGGCCAGCAAGCUUUCCAGCUGACAGCCUUUGACAUAGACGGGGACCCGCUCACCUACAGCAUCAGUGGGCCGGAGGCCUUCUACUUCUCUGUCGAUGCCCAGACAGGCAGUGUGACGCUCAGGAACUCGCUGGACCGCGAGCUCCAGGCCAGGCUCACCAUCACCAUUGGGGUGUCCGAUGGGAUGAACGAUGCAGUCUCCAGAAAACUCACAAUCAUCGUGGAGGACCGUAACGACAAUGCCCCAGUCUUCCAGCACCUGCCGUAUGAAACCUCCAUCCCCGAGGUACCUUCCUGGGACUUCCCGGCCCCCGUGGGCGGCAGGGCAGGGGCGCUGGGUGGCUCCUGCGGCAUGGGUGUGCCGGCAGCAAACAUGGAACUCAACAGCAUCAUCUACACCGUGUUUGCCAAUGACAGCGACACUGGGAACGCCUCCAAAGUCAGAUAUAGCAUCGAGGAGGUGAUCCCAGACAGCACAAAGAAUCGCUGGCUCUUCUACAUCCUGCCCAAUGGGAAUGUGGUGCUCAAUGGCUCACUGGACUAUGCCAAGAACACCUUUUACCAGCUCAAGAUCGUCGCCAAGGACAGCGGGGGGAUGCUGCACAACAUGUUGACCUUCCAGCAGAGCUCGACCUACCUGUCCGUGGCCAUCCGCGACCUGCCCAACCUAGACCCAUGGUUCCUCAACGAGCCCUAUUCCGGCUCUGUGCCUGAGAACUGUGCCCUGGGUACCACUGUGUUGACCGUCACCGCCAUGGACAGAGACACAGGGGUGAAUGAUGAAAUCUCCUACAGCAUCACCAAUGCCAAUGUCCCCUUUGCUAUCAGUGCCACGACAGGCACCAUCACUGUGACUGGGCCCCUGGACCGUGAGCAGCUGCCAAGUGAGGAAGUGCUGCUGGAAGUCGUGGCACGUGAGAAGAACCUGGACAUCCAUGGCAUGGUGGCCCAGGCCAGCACCCUAGUGACAGUCAUGGUGACCGAUGUGAAUGACAACAAGCCCCAGUUCUACCACUGCUCCCUCCCCAGCUGCAACUUCUCCACCAGUGCCCAGAACAACUUCAGGGGCAGCAUCAUAGAGCACUCCUCCUCCAGACUGCCCGUGUCCAACCUCAACAUCGUCGCCCAUGACCCAGACAAGAGCAUCAACAGCAAUUAUGAGCUGUACCUGCAGGGUCCGAAUGCCAGCGCCUUCACUGUCUCCCCUUCAAAGAUUGUGGGCACAGGGGAGGUCCAGCUCCUGGUGCAAGACCCAUCCUCUGUGGACUAUGAGAUAAGCCAUGUCAUGGUGGUGCAGAUCAUUGCUAAUGACACAGGGAACCCCACGGACUGCUGCUCCAUGGCCACUGUGACCAUCGACCUCAUUGACAGCAAUGACCAUAACCCUGAGUUCCCCCAGAGCACCUACAACCUGAGCGUGAUGGAGAACAGCCCUGCUGGGACCGUCAUCUCUUCAAACAUCACGGCCUACGAUCCGGACAGUGGUGUCCUGGGCCAGAUCACCUACCAGCUGCUCCCGGAGAGCAUCCAUAAAACCUUCACGGUGAACACCACGACCGGGGCAGUGCUGGUGCAGAACGGGAGCUUGCUCGACCGGGAGACUCGCUCCAUCUACUACGCCAACCUCCAGGCCAAGGAUAGUGGCAACCUGGCGGGCACCACAGUGCUGGAGAUCACUGUGCUGGAUGACAAUGACAUGGCACCCAUCAUCACCGGCUCCUACUUCAUCUCGGUGGAAGAGGGACAGAACGUCAGAACACAGAUCCAGGCCAUUGACAACGAUGAGCCUGGCAAUCGCAACAGCAAAUUGGGCUUCAAGAUCUUGCCAGGACCGUUCAGUGACAACUUCACCAUCGACGUGACCACAGGUGAGAUGCACAGCAAUGAACCGCUGGACCGCGAGACCUUGGAAGAUGAGCGAGGGCAGAUGGUGGUGACAGUGGAGGUGUAUGACCACGGCGUGCCACAGCUCAACACCUCAGUUAACGUCACCAUCACUGUGGGGGACGUGAAUGACAACUCACCCAUGUUCCUCAACCAGUCCUACGAGUUCUCAGUCUUUGAAGACUCUCCAGGGUCCCUCGUGGGUGAGGUGGAGGCCACAGAUGCUGACCAGACUGAGAUCAAUUCCCGCAUUUCCUUCCUAAUUCAGAGGGGCAAUGGCUCCAGCAACUUCUUGAUCCGCUCGUCCCGCCUGGGGCCAGGGCACUACGGCGGGCAGCUGUCUGUAGACCCUGACAUGUCCCUGGACUAUGACACCCUGCAGCAGAAGUUCUUCUCCUUGGUGGUGCUGGCGGAGAACACGGCCGCAGACAAUGUGGGGGACAAGGCCAACGUCUCAGUGGUGGUCCACAUCCUAGACCUUAAUGAUGAGCCUCCCACCAUCGUGCCAACCUCGCUGCAGGACGUGUAUGUGAGUGAGAACGGCACGCAGCAGGGUCUGGUCCACAUGCUGGCUGCCUCCGACUCAGACACCAACCACUCGCUGGUCUUCGAGGAGCUGGCGGUCGCCUGCUUCAAGGGGGCGAGCGGUGCUGGGGAGGUGUGCUGGGACUGGUUCAUGUUGGCACCCAACGGCUCGGUGGUGGUGAACAGCUUGGACAUUGACUACGAGCUGUGCGACAGGGUGGUGCUGACGCUGCGGGCUGAAGACCUGUACACCGAGAAGGGCAACCGCUACAGCCAGAAUGAAACCUUGCGGAUCUUCAUCACCGAUGUGAAUGACAACAAGCCGCUUUUACUGCCCACCUUGGAGACCUUUGUGAUUGUCCCCGAAAUCUCUCCUGUGGACCUGCAAGUGGCUACCGUGAAGGCCACAGAUGCUGACUCAGGGCCACGGGGAACCAUCACCUUCUUCAUUGUCAGCGUGGUGCUCGUGGAGGAUAAUGGGGUCAGCCGGCCUUUUGAGAACCUCUUCAAGGUGGUGACAACGCCCGAGCAGGACAGCUACGUCGGGAGCGUACAGGUGGCCAGCAAUCUCGAUGGCUCACUGAAGGGGCAGUACCAGGUGAUGGUGGAGGCUCGGGAUGGCGAGGCACCAGCACACACAGCACAGACUGUGCUGAAUAUCUUCACGGUGGAUCAGAGCUACCGCGUUCGCCUCCAGUUCGUGACAACGGUGGAUGAAGUCCAGAGUAACUCCGAAAAUAUCAAAGUGUAA